AUGGAUGAAGAGAAAACAUCCAUGAAAGAAAAGUCCAGCUCAGACAUCAUAGCUGCCCAAGAUGCCGAGGGUCUAGGUACAAUGGGCCAUGUCCAAUCCCUGUCACGCAAGUUCAGUCCAUGGAGCAUGCUCGCACUCUCAUUCAGCGUCCUCGGAACCUGGGCGACGUUCGCAGUUGAUCUCUCCAACGGCUUAACAAAUGGAGGACCUAUCACGAUUCUAUACGGCCUCCUUCUUGUCACAUUCUGCAAUCUCUGCGUGGCUCUUUCUUUGGGAGAGCUGUGUAGCAGUAUGCCCACCGCAUUGGGACAAGCUUAUUGGGUAUCCCGUAUCUGGAAAUCCCCAAUGGGUCGUUUGGUGUCUUACUCCUGCGCUUGGAUCAAUGUUUUUGGGUGGUGGACUCUUGCUGCAUCACAAAAUGCAUUCAUGACUGAGAUUAUACUUGGAAUAAAGACGAUAUCCGAUGAAGACUGGGCCGGGACAAGACUGGGAUGGCUGAAGUUUGUGAUUUACGUUUCUGUCACCAUGGUGAUGACACUCUCAAAUGUUGUUGCUUGUCGCAAGGACUGGAUCCUCCGUUGGUUCAACAAUCUCGUUGGAGCUUGGUUCGGAGGAGAGUUCAUCGUUUUCUCUCUCGCUAUACUCAUUGCAGUCGGUGUCAAAGACGACCUGUCAUUCCAACCGGCUUCGUUUGUCUUCGGUCGAUGGAUCAACGAUACUGCAUGGAGUGAUGGCGUCGCCUGGUUUAUAGGCCUUGUGCAGUCCGCUUACGGCCUGACUGCUUUCGAUGCUGUGAUUCAUCUAAUUGAGGAACUCCCAUCCCCGCAAAGGAAUGGCCCGCGAGUUCUUUGGCUCUCGAUCGUAUCGGGUGCAGUCUCAGGGGGUAUUUUUAUGAUCGUCUGCCUUUUCUGUAUUCAAAACCUGGAAAAUGUUCUAGACCCUGCAUCGGGACUGCCCUUUGUGGAACUUGUUAAGCAGACUGUCGGACCUCAAGGCACAAUUGUGCUUUUCGGUCUCUUUAUUUUCAACAUGCUAGGCCAAGGCAUUAGCAUUACGACAACUGCGUCUCGUUUGACGUGGGGAUUUGCACGCGAUGGUGGCCUCCCAUUCAGCAGCUACCUGACGCACGUCGAUACUUACUGGAACGUCCCAGCACGGGCACUCUGGGCUCAAGGUGUGAUCAUCUCCUUAGUGGGUGUUCUAUACUUCUUUACAGAAGCUGCUGUAGACGCAGUGGUCAGUGUAACCACAAUUGCUUUGACUAUGUCAUAUGCGCUGCCAAUAUUUGCAGUUGUGGUUUUUGGAAUGUCCGAUAUCCCCCUCGGACCAUUCUCUCUUGGACGCCUGCGCCCUAUAAUCAACUGGGUCGGACUUAUAUACUGCUGUAUUACUACAGUGUUUUUCUUCUUCCCUGGGAGCCCAUCUCCCGGAGUUAGCACGAUGAACUGGGCGAUUGCAGUCUUUGGAGCGAUGGUGCUUGUUGCAAUUGGGUUUUGGUUUAUCAAAGGGAAGCGCACCUAUUUGCAAACAGAGGGUGCCUUGGGAGAGGUAUUUCGUGCUGCGCAAAUGGAAAUUCUAGAUACUACAACAUAG